CUCAGUCAACUCGAAACCAAAACUUGCAGCUGGUGCAAGUUUUGCAGAAGCGAACGUGCUGACUAUCAGUAGGAGUUCUAUCCAUCCAAUAUCCGCGGAAAAUGCUAGACUUUGGACAGCCAGAGCUUCCCGGGACUUUUGUUGUGCUACAGGGUGUCCCUGGUGAUGGCAUGAGGAAUACGAUCCAUUCCUUUCCAAAAUAUCCGGCAAAAAUUGAUGACAACACUGCUGAACAGAGAUGUAACGAUGAAAGCACCACAGACCUGCAGGAAAUCUCGUCUUUGCCUGUAACUUCCACUUCAGAAGGCUAUCCGAAUGAGAAAGCUGCUACCGGAACAGCUUUGUACGCGUGUUCCACGCUACCAGCAUCCCAAGCGACGAGCGGUAGCGUUCUGCAAAAUAGUGGGAUCUUCCCCUUGGGUUGCUGGUCUCCACCAAGUGCUUCCGAAGCAUUGUCUGCGACAAACGGCAGCAUUCAUUCUAUUCAAAGUGCGUCGACGGGAAAUGACUUCUUGUCAGGAGGCAGUCAUGAAUCCCAAAAGGAUGAGCAGAAUUUUGGUUGUAGCAAGUCACAUCGUUUCGACGGACUGCCGGCGAAGUUAAGAUGCAGCACGCCUAACUAUGCGGAAGAGCUUGCCUUGAAUGAGUGGGAAAGGUUGUGCCGCGACGAAGAAGAAGGGCAGUGGCUGGAAUGGAAUGAAAGUAGUGAGCCGCGCCCGCAGCUACGAGUCAACGAAAAUAGGUGGUGGACUGAAAACGGCCGACUGAUUGUUUUUGAAAGAGUGCCUUCCCUUGACACCUUGUCAACAACACCAACAGUUGGUAUAUUGUCACCCGGUACGGUUGUUUUAGGGACAGAAAUGUUGACAAUUGGACCUUCGACAGGCAGGUGUCGGGUAUAUCGUCCCAGUGAUGCCACCGAACUUUUAAGGAUCGAGGCACCAAUUCAAGGAUACAUUGUUUUUAGCGUUAAUCGUUACCGCUUCCUAUUCCCCGGGAUGCUGAGUGCACUAUUGAGUGAUAGACAAUGGCUUUGGAGGGUGUCCUGUCCUGUUGGUGCAUUCGUCCGGAAAGGGCUUGAAUUGAGUACGCAGCACAUCACUACAGUCCCGUACGGUUCUCUGGUUCAUGUCAAGCGUAAAGCAAUCAAUGCCAUGGGGCUAUCCCGCCUACAAGUAGAAGUGUUUGUUCCCCCUGAAAAUGAGUCCAAAGACCCGGAGAUGGUUUUGGGCUGGUGCUCUGAAUAUCUCAAUCCUUUGUCAGGUCAGCGAGGUAAAAUUGCGCAGCCUCUUCCGCUUCCUGUUCCUGCCGUAUAUUGUGUUAUGCUAAAGGAGGGCGCCAUCAUUCGGGACGGCGUUGAAUUGUCUUCUCAGGAAAUUGGACACGCACCCGAAGGUUCUAUGCUAUCUAUCACCAGUCGUGCUUUUGCUGAACACCCCACAGAAGAUUGCGUGGAACGAUUGCGUAUAGCUGGAAAUGGGGGUUGGAUAAGUCGGAAACUUAACAAUCCUCCACCUCUGGACUUGGUAAUAGUAAAGCUUAUCGAAUUGGACGGAGAGUUUGAGCCCAAUGCCCCUUGGGCCUUUCACUUUUCUCAGUUACGAAAGAUGCAAGAAUCGCAUCAAGAACCGACUUGCUGCGGGACACAAGUCAAUGAAUUUACCGCGUUGCCAAUACUGUCCCCACUAAAUCCACCAGAACGUUCUAGAAAGGGGUCCUUGACAAGUUCACGCCUGAAAAAACCACCACUCAGCACCUACGCAAAAAUACCAAAUAGACAAUCAGCAUUGGAAGAUCAAUGCUUGGUUUGCUUGGCUGACUUUCGGACAUCAACAAUAGUUCACGGGGAGACAGGUCAUAUAGCAUGUUGCUUGGUCUGUGCCCGUAUCUUGAAAGCCCAAGGAAGUCCUUGUCCUAUUUGUCGCCAACCAAUUGAAUUGGUUGUGCAGCACUUUUGGGCGUGA